AAAGAAUCACACCCAGUUCACUCGUACAUUGCACUUCACCGGCAAGACACUCCCCUGUUACAUUUUCCAACCGUUGCCGGCGGCGAAAUAAUGGGGAAGGGCGGAGCAUUGUCCGACGGCGUCAUGAAGAAGAUCAUCGUUUCCUACACCUACGUCACAGUCUGGAUCCUCCUAUCCUUCACCGUCAUCGUCUUCAACAAGUACAUCCUCGACCGGAACCUCUACAACUGGCCCUUCCCCAUCUCCCUCACCAUGAUCCACAUGUCCUUCUGCUCCUCCCUCGCCUUCUUCCUCGUCCGCGCCGUCAAACUCGUCGACCCGCCGACCGCCGUCACCCGCCGCGUGUACCUCACGCGCGUCGUCCCCAUCGGCGUCCUCUACGCCCUCUCCCUCUGGCUCUCCAACUCCGCCUACAUCUACCUCUCCGUCUCCUUCAUCCAGAUGCUCAAGGCCCUCAUGCCGGUCGCCGUCUACGCGGUGGGAGUUCUGUUCAAUAAAGACCCGUACAAGCCCGCCACCAUGGCGAACAUGGUCGGGAUAUCCGCCGGCGUCUCUGUCGCCGCGUACGGCGAGGCGAAGUACGAUUCCUGGGGGGUGUUACUGCAAUUGCUCGCCGUCGGAUUCGAAGCGACCCGAUUGGUGAUGAUUCAGAUCCUGCUCAAUUCCAAGGGAAUCUCACUGAAUCCGAUCACAUCCCUGUACUACGUCGCCCCGUGCUGCUUCGUCUUCCUCUCGAUUCCAUGGCUGAUCGUCGAGUUCCCUGUUCUGCGGGAGAAAUCAGGGUUCCGAUUCGACUUCGCCAUAUUCGGGACGAAUUCUCUCUGCGCUUUUGCCCUGAACCUCGCCGUCUUCUUGCUCGUAGGGAAGACGUCGGCGCUGACCAUGAAUGUCGCCGGAGUGGUCAAGGACUGGCUCCUGAUUGCUUUUUCCUGGUCUGUUAUCAGAGACACCGUCACUCCGGUGAACUUAAUCGGGUACGGGUUGGCGUUCUUGGGAGUGGGUUACUAUAACCACUCCAAAUUGCAGGCUUUGAAAGCUAAAGAAGCUGAGAAGAAGGCGGCGGCGGAUGAAGAAAGUGGGAACCUGUUGGGAGACAGAGAUGGGAGCUCGGGAGGAGACUUGCUGGGGAAGAAGGUCAAUGCUCACACCUAAUUUCGUAAUUUGACUAGGGGAAAUUAAAGGAAAAAGAAAGAAAAUGGUUGUGUAGAAUUCAUCAUCACUGUAUAUCUUAAUCAACCCUCCUAGGUACUUUCUUUACUUUCCAAAAAUACUCAGACAACAAAAUAAAAAUAAUUAUUAAAAUCA